AUGUCAACGCAGUUGCAGAACUGGGUCAGUAACCCAGCGGAGACUCAUGGCCCGCUCAUGAGCAUCACUGUGUGGUCGCUCUGCGGGGUCGCCGGGUUUUUUCUCGCACUUCGGCUGGCGAUUCAAAAAAACCAAGGCAAGUUGUGGUACGACAGCUUAAUCCUUACUGUCAGCUGGUUAUUCUUGCUAUGUCAAGCCAUCCUCAAUCAGUUGAGUGUAAAUCUAGGUUUUGGAAAACACUCGCUUGAUAUUGACUUCAGCCAUUUCGAGACCAUCACUUAUCUUGGCGCAACCGGCCUUACCGUCUCCACAACUGCCAUCACCCUCAGCAAGAUAUCGUUCGGAGUGACACUAUUUCGUUUGACUGAAGGAUGGAUCAAGGCGUAUGUGUGCUUUGCCAUGACUACCCUCGUCAUCUUCGCCAUACCGACCUGCAUCCUUCCUUGGGUCCUUUGCAAGCCGUUGACAAAGACCUUUGUGGACAUCAUACCGGGCACAUGUAUGGAUAAGCAUCCGUCUGUCAUCUAUGGACGAUUUCAAGCUAUAUGGUCUGCAAUCAUGGACAUUUCUCUAGCACUCAUUCCCUGGAAAAUCAUUUGGAAUCUGCAGAUGCGCCCGGCGGAGAAGAUUGGUGUCUGCAUUGCCAUGAGUCUGGGAGUAUUAGCAGGAGUGACCGCAAUCCUUCGAGCUCGAUAUGUCGAGUUACUGACCAAACUAGAUCUCUCGUACGACGCCACCAACACUGUCAUCUGGUCGUCAGCAGAGUCUGCCAUGGCCAUUGUCGCCACGUCAAUACCUGUACUCCGAGUCUUCUUUAGACAAGCCGUUACCACUGUAAUUAGCUCAUACCAAAACUCGUCGCGAGAAAGGAGGUUCAAGAGCCAGGCUUCAAACCUAUCGGGCAUGAACUCAGCACAUGCGUCCAAACUGGGUUCUAAGAAUACCAAGAUUGAAGCCACAAGCUCAUGCUCAAACAAACGGCGGUCAAACGUGGAUGGCACUACGAACGUUAGCGAAGAGUCAUUAGUUGAUGUGGACGGAAAGCGACAAGAAGCGUAUAUGGAGAUGGACAACCUUGUCGUCGACGAGGUCACAGGACGAGUCACUCUGGCAUCUCCCGCAUCUAUGAAUUCGCUAGAAGAAGGAUUGCCACAUCGACCGCAUACACGUUUAUGA